AUGGCUGCAUCAACAACACGUUCCCAGAGCUUGUCCCACUUCAGGCGCAUCCUCAAGGAAGUCCACCUCCAGUACACACAUCCCAACGAAUUCACAGGAAAGGGCCUCCAUGGCAUCAAUGUCCACUCCAACAAGGUCUGGACCGAAACCCUCAAGGACGCCUUCCGCAAGCACGCCAACGAGACCGACCCUGCUAAGCUGAAGAAACUGGAUACAGACGGAGAGGACAUGGCGAGCUACCUCGAGAGUCAGCGCAGACACAAGGAAUUGGUUGAGAGAUACAACCCUAGCUUCUGGGACGAGGAAAAGGGUCUUCAGGUUGACAAGACCGCCAAGAUGGUUGGAUUCGAGAUGCCUGAAAAGUUUGACGAGACACAGAAGAACGAAAAGUUGGUUGCUGCACCCAGAUUCUCUUAUAAAAAGGACAAGGACGCAGCAGCAGCGGCAGCAGCAGCAUCGGCAUCGGAAAAGUAUGAGGAGCUGCAGGCACCUGAGGAACCAAAGAAGCGUACAUUCAAGAUCCCCAAGGCCUUUGGAUUCGCAGAAGAGGCCGCAGAGGACAUUGGUCGUGCUGGAGAUCGCAAGAUCGAGUAA